UGCCCUGCGGCAGGUAACAUUGAUAUGUGUUGGACAGGGAAGGCGAUUCAGCAAUAUUUUAAUUAAUGUGGAUUCUCAAACUUAAUAAAUGUCCUGCUGGGACUUGUGAGUGCCACAUAGAGGGGUGUCCAGGGAAUAUGGAUUUCAAUGAAGGUCUUCACCGUAGACCAUCGUAUCUUGGUGAGGGAGUAUAUUUUCCACAAGUGGCAGAUCCGCAGCCAAUUGAUGACCUCCGAACAAACCUUGCUGAAAAAUUUCUUUUACUAGGAGAAUGUGAAUCUGAAACUAAUCAAAAGAAUGUUUUGGAUGAUAAAGAAAAUAUGCAAGUUUACCUACGGGUCCGACCCUUCACUGCAUUAGAGAUUGAGCAAAAUGAGGCCCAGGAAUGUGUCAGUAUUCCUGAUGCCUGCAGUGUUUUAGUAAAAGCUCCACAGAGUUCCCAGGCUUGCAGACUGAGUGAGAAAGGCUUUUGUCUCAUGGCUCAGAAGUUUACUUUUACACAAGUCUUUGGUCCUGAGACAACACAGACUCAAUUUUUUGAGGGGACCAUGAGGCAGCAGGUGAUCGAUUUUAUGAAAGGUCAAAAUCGACUUCUUUUUACAUACGGUGUAACAAAUGCAGGGAAAACCUUUACAUUCCAAGGUACAAAGGAUGAUGCUGGCAUCUUACCUCGAACAAUGGAUAUGCUUUUUAACACUAUUCAAGGAAAGGUUUACACCAAGAUGGAUGUAAAACCUCACCGAUGUAGAGACUACAUAAGAUUGACUAAAGACCAAGUGAAGACUGAAGUAGCACUUAAAAAUUCUGUGUUGCGUCAAAUAAAAGAGGUUGAUCCUCAGUGCAGUAUGAGGAGCAACAAUAGUAGGACUUCUGCAGAUACAACAGACUUCCUGAAUGAUGACGGUUUUGCAAAUUCUUCAAAGGUUUUAACAGAGGUUGAUGAACGCUUAAAACAAGCUGAAGAAUUAAAAUCCAUUUUGGACAGUUCUUCAAAGUAUUCUGUCUGGGUUUCAUUCUGUGAAAUUUAUAAUGAAUGCAUUUUUGACCUAUUGGAUCCUAUAUCUGGAGAUAAAUUUUAUAAGAGGAAGACUUUGAAGCUUGCGCAGGAUAUUAAGGGAUUUUCAUUUGUUAAAGAUCUCCAAUGGAUACAGGUUUCUGAUGCAAAAGAGGCAUGCAGGAUACUAACAUUAGGCAAAAAGUUCCAAAGCAUUGCAUUUACAAAGCUGAACAGCUCUUCUAGUAGAAGCCACAGCAUUUUCACUGUCCGACUCCUAAAAAUUGAGGAUUCUGACAUCCCACGAGUAGUGAAAGUCAGUGAAUUGGCACUCUGUGAUUUAGCAGGAUCUGAAAGGUGCACAAAAACAAAAAAUGAAGGGGAACGAUUAAAAGAAAGUGGAAAUAUAAACACUUCAUUGCUUAUUCUUGGUAAAUGUAUCAACGCAUUGAAGAACAGCCAGCAAUCAAAGGCUCAUCAACACGUCCCAUUUCGAGAAAGCAAGCUCACACACUACCUUCAAAGCUUCUUCACUGGCAAAGGCAAAGUGAGCAUGAUUGUAAACAUUUGCCAGUCUGCCUCUUCGUAUGAUGAGACUCUAAAUGUUCUGAAGUUCUCUGCUGUGGCCCAAAAGGUUCUUAUCUUGGAAUCCACUCAAAAUGUAGAAGGUCUAUCACAUGGUCUGAAAAAAAGUGCCAGAGAAGUAUCAUUUAUUAUAAAUAAUGCUGACAGCAAGAUAUGGGCAUCGAGAAAACGAGCAACGGUACAAUGGGAUUCUCAUUUGGAGGAUGUCCAAGAGGAUGGAGAUAAGGAGGAAUUUACAGAGGACUUUGAGGAGGAAGAGUGUCUUGACUGUACCAAUCUAGAAGACGAGGAUGACGACUGUCAGGAGGAAGAUGAUGAUGAUGAGGAGGAGGAUAUUCUUAUUAAGAAAGAUGCAUAUCAGAAACUACUGGAUCUUGUAGAAGGUCUGAAAACCCAGCUAGUUAAUGAGAAAAAAGACAAAAUCUUAAUGGAACUAAAGAUCCGUGAAGAAGUUGUAAAUGAAUUUACUCAGCACUUCAAGGAACGCGAAAAGGAUUUUAGUGAACGCUUGGAAAAAGAAAAAGAAUUGAUGGAAGAACGAUGUGAUGAAAGAUUGGAGAUUUUCCAGAAUCUGGUGAAAAAAUGUACAGAAAAUGAGGAUGGAAAACCCAAAACCCUAAGAAGUGAAACUGUACCUGAAAGUCAGGUGGAUGAAAACAGUAUGCCUCUGCAAGGUCUUUUUACUUCAAUGCAGACUGACUUGUCCGUAAUUAAGAAGCAGGCGGUGGAAGCUCACAUCCAGAUAGCAGCAAUUCCUGAUAUUCCAGACUUCACUGCAAACUUCGAAGAAAGGUUAAAACAAGUUUCUGCUGACCUUUCUAAAACCCAAGAGGAACUAAAAAAGAAAUCGGACGAGCUUGAAACCCAGAUUGAUCAAUGGAGUCAAACAAAUAUUCGUCUGGAAGAAGCUGAUAAGAAACUUUUUUCACAGAGACAGCAACUUGAUCAGUUGAUGGAGAUGAUUCAACAAAAAGAAUCUGCAAUUGACAAGCUGAAAGAUCUGGUGUCUCACUGGGAAGCAAAGUGUGAAGAUUAUGAGAGGUCAGUGAGUGCAAUUAGAGGAGAAAUGGCAAAAACCAGUGUCAGUGCUUCUGUUCCAGUUGGGCGAAAGCGAGCACCUGAGGAUCAAUCUCUCCAUGAGGAUCAGCCUCCUUCAAAGAAAGAGCAUUUUCACGUUGAUGCAAACAUUUCAACAGACAUCAUACAAACAUACGGUCAAAACAUUAAAGAAGAGUCUAACAUCAUACAAGAAUUGGAAGCUGACAAGGAAAAGUUAAAAAAUCAAACAAUUACCCUCAAUGAAACGGUUACCCUCUUGGAAAAAAAGCUUGCUAUUAAUGAGGAGCAGCUAAUGGCAAUGGAAUCCAAACAUAAUAAUAUAACUUCUGAACUUAAAACAUACAAAGAACUUGCUUCAAACCUGGAGGACACUGUUAAAAUGUUGACUCAGGCAGUAGAUCAGAACAAACAAAAUAUUGCUAACAAAGUGGCAAAAAUACAAACAAUCCAAAAUAAACUUGAUGAGUUUGGCAAGAGUGAGGUGAAAGAAAGUUCUGUUGAUUUUUGGAAUCUAAACGCUUCUCUGGACACCACCAAAACAAGCCUCAAGAAUUGUUCUGAAGUUAAUCUGAAAGGGGGUCAAACAGGGAUGGUGGAUACAGGUCGAGAAAGCACUUUCUACAGUGCAGUAGAGGGCCUGUGGAGAAAAUGCCAACUUGUUCUUCAGGAGUCAACUAAAAGGAAUGCACUGAUCCAACAACUGGAACAAAAAGUAGACCGCUUGAACCACGAAUUAGCAUUCUUAAAAAAUGAAAAUAACAAUUUGCAAUGUGAAAAAGAUAGCAAUUCUGUUAAAGAAAGCCUAGUCGAAGAGAAGACGGGCCUGAUAGGCCAACUGCAGAGUCAGUUGUCUGAAAUGACCAACCAAGUGGAGCUUAAAAGAAAGCAAGAGCUUCAAUCAGAAAAGGAAAUACUGACACUUAAAAAUCAAGUUGAUGAAAAAAAUCAGAACUUGAUGGAAAAGGAAAGCUUGCUGGAUACCUAUAAGUCAAAAUGUGAAAAGCUUGACGCUUUGGAAGAACAGAUCAAAGUAAAGGCAUCUGCUGUUCAGACACUAGAGAAACAAUUAGAGGAGAACAUGAACAAGCAUAAUGAAGAAAAAAUAAAGUUAGAGAAGAAAAUUACUGAUAUGCAAGGAAAACUUACAGAUGUCAAGAAUUCUGCUAACCUAAAGCAAAAGACUGUGGACCAGUUAACAAAAGAAACAGAACUGUUAAAGCAAGAUCUUUCACAAAGAGCUGCCGAGGUAAAAAAUCUGCAGAUCGAUCUCCAGAGAAGGGAAGAGGAUUACACUGACUUGAAAGAUAAAUUGGCUGAUGCUAAAAAACAAAUACAACAGGUGGAGAAAGAGGUCUGUGCCAUGCGUGAAGAAAAGAAACUGCUAAGUAACAAAGUUAACGAAUAUGAAAAAUUAAAGAAUCAGAUGUCUUCUGAAUUGGAGAUGAAGCAGCGUACUAUUCAGCAGCUUAAAAAGGAACACCUUAAUAAAGAUACCAAGGAGGAAGCAAUGAAGGCAUGCCAAGAUGGUCAGGCUAAAGAGAAAAUAAUUGAAGAUAUGAAGCUGACUCUACUUGAGCAAGAACAGACUCAGUUGGAACAAGAACAAGCACUAGAGGCCAAAACAGGAGAAGUUGAAAAAUUAUCUGAAGAACUAGACGUAUGGAGGCUCAGGUGCUUAGAGCUGGAGAAGAACAGCCAGAGGGGACAUUUAAUUCAACUCGGCUCUGAGAAAACAGAUAAAGAGUUGAUUGAUUCACAAGUAUCUAAGUUACAAAAUCAAUUAAAGGAAUUUGAAGAAAAGUAUAACAGUGAUAGAAAGAAAUGGCUGGAAGAGAAAAUGAAUCUACUUGCUCAAGCUAAAGAAUCUGAGUCGCAUCGAAACAAGGAGAUGAGAAAGUUUGCAGACGACCGAGAACGCUAUUCAAAACAACAAGGAGAGGUGGAACAACUUUCUGCUCAGCUUGCUGAGAAAGAUAAUGCGCUUUUGAAGUGGCGUGAAGAGCGAGAUCAACUUGUUUCAGCACUGGAAGUGCAGCUGAAAAGUCUCUUUUCCAGCAACUUGGAAAAGGAAAAAGAGAUUGAACAGCUUAAAAAAAGCAGUGGCUCAAAAACCGAAGGGGAAAAUGUAGAUGAAUUGAUGAGAAAACUUGCCACAAGUGAGGACACCAUCAAAGACCUGCAGGAAAAACUUACUACGCUUAGACAUUGCAACACAUUGCCAACUGUUGGGAUGGAAGAAGAUCAGGUUAAGGUUCCGCCUAUAAAGAAUGUGAUUUCACCUAAACAAAAUGACCAGUUGCAAAAUGCCACAAGUGCAGCAAAAUCCUCUGAUGGCAGCAACAUUUCUACAGAAGACUGCCAGUCGCAGGAUGGCUCAGCCACUGUGUUGGAUUCCUCUGAGAUAUCUACUGAAAAUGGGAACAUCAGCAGAUUCCCAAAACCUCAAAUGGAAAUAUGUUUCAGUCCAGCAAGGCCAAACAAGAUGGAAGUAAAGCACUGUGGUGAGGAUUCAUCGAGAACUGUCAAGAUAUCUAGAACCACAAGAAAGAGAAAGAGCAAUGAGAUGGAGCAGAAUAAAAUGCUUUCAAGCUGCUGGAAAAUUAGGUGUAAAGAGAAAGAGGGGUCUGAAGGCCUUUGUCAGGACAUUGUAAAGAGUGAAAAUAAAAAAAAUGCAAUAACAAAAUCUGGUGUAAGGACCCCAUCCUCGCAAUCCAGUCCUGCUGUCAACAAGAGUGAAAUAAAGAGAAAUACGUUAAAAAAACAGCCCUCAACUUCAAGUACAGUAUCUAGCCGGAAAAAAGAUGGAACCCUGCAAAAAUUAGGGGACUUUUUACAAAGCUCUCCUUCUAUCUUUCAAACCAAAGCCAAAAAACUCCUGGAGACAAUUAGUGCUCCAAAGACAACUGAUCUAACUGUCAGAAAAGAAAAUGAGAACAAACCUAAAAAAAGUAGAAGAAAAUUGUAUAAUACAGAUAUUUCAGCUCCGCUUGACUUCCUAGCUCCUCCAACCAUCAUGGACAAAAACAAUAAGGAAAGUGAUCACUUAAUAAUGAAGAGACGUUUAAGGACAAGAACAGCAAAAUAAUUGUAUUAUAUGUAUAUUUUUAAGAAAUCCUGUGGUAUGAAAAAAAAAAACACUUGUACAUAUACACUGGACUGCAUUUUUCCUUAUGUACAUUUUCCUUAUUUUACUAAGCAAAAUUGUAACAUUUAUUUCUAAUUGUAUAAUUGGGUCUAUAAAAUGAAUAUGCACAAACACAUUAUUUGGCAUGCGGCUUGGCAUAAAUAUUACACUGUUCAUCUUAUUGUAUUAAACUGAAUUCCGCUUAUAA